AUGGCAACUACGAACAAUGUGACUGAACUCAUUCUCUUGGGGUUCUCCCCCAAUCGGGAUGUGCAGAAGACCAUUUCUGUGAUGUUUCUCCUCAUGUACACGGCCAUUGUGCUGGGCAACGGCCUCAUUGUGGUGACAAUCAUGGGCAGCAAAGGGCUCACCUCCCCCAUGUAUUUCUUCCUCGGCUACUUGUCCUUUGUGGAGAUCUGUUACUGCUCUGUCACAGCCCCCAAGCUCAUCCUUGACUCUUUUAUUGAAAGGAAAAUCAUUUCCCUCAAAGGCUGCAUCACACAGAUCUUUUUCCUCCAUUUCUUUGGUGGCACUGAGAUCUUUCUCCUGACAGUGAUGGCCUAUGACCGCUAUGUGGCCAUCUGCAAGCCCCUGCACUACACUGUCAUCAUGAACCGGCGUGCUUGUGGCCUCCUGGUGGGGGCAGCUUGGGGUGGGGGCUUGCUGCAUUCUGUCGGGCAAACAUUCCUUAUUUCCCAGCUGCCCUUCUGUGGCCCCAAGGUCCUUGACCACUACUUCUGUGAUGUCCACCCUGUGCUGAAGCUGGCCUGCUCAGACACCUUCCUCACUGGUGUGCUAAUCAUCGCCAAUGGUGGCUCCAUUUCAGUGAUCAGCUUCACGGUACUGCUUGCUUCCUACGUGGUCAUCCUGCACGCCCUGAGCACCCAGACCUCAGAAGGUCGGCGCAAAGCUCUGUCCACCUGUGCCUCUCAUGUUGCAGUUGUGGGCCUGUUCUUCAUACCCUGUUCCUUUGUCUACAUGAGGCCCUGUGUCACCCUCCCUGCAGACAAGAUAGUUGCUGUGUUUUACACAGUGGUCACACCUCUCUUAAACCCCAUCAUUUACUCCUUCAGGAAUGCUGAAGUGAAAAACGCCAUGAGGAGACUGAUAGGGAGGAAAGUGAUCUGGGAAGAGAAAUAGAUGACUUAGUUAGGGAAAAUAAAGAGGAGCAAGGGAUGGGAAGUCGGGGCAGAUCUCACUUUGCCUCUACCUUUAAUUGAUGGGCUAAUCUUGGGCCUGUCACCUUUUUCUUUAAAUUUCAAUUUCCUCAUCUUUAUGGGAUUGGACAGGAUUGAAGGAGGCUCUAGAAUGAGGUCUAGCAGGGGUCUUCUAAUGCUGCACUUCCACAUUGCACAGUGACCUUGAGGCAGCUUGGCUGGUUUUGAGAGAAUGAACCCUUCCAGAAAACAGGGGUGUUUCUGGGAAUAAUGAGGGGGUUGAUGGAAGAGGAGGAAGGCUUCCUUGGGGAUUAGUGGCCAAGUGGCUUUUGUGUUGGAGGAGUCUGAACCUUUGGAUUUGGGGAGGAGGAAGGUAGGCAGAGAAAUAGAAGUCACUCAAGUGCCUAGAAAUUCUGUUAACUCAAUAAACUAAAAUUUGCCCAGUGGGCUCUGGUCAGGCCAGCUGACCUAGAAGGGUCUAGUUCACAGAGAAGAAGGCAUUUUGACUCUUGCCAGCAGACUCAUAUGAACUCACAUUAGCAUUAGACUCAUGUUUUCAAGGAAUCAAGUGGAACCACAGGAGAUUUUAAGUGACUUGAAAGCCCUAGACAGUGAUACCUAAUUGUAGGCACAAGCUUUAUUUUUCACAUAUCAGUAACAUUUUAGUGUCUAACAUUCUUUUCUGUUUACACCUGUCUGUCCUUUUUUUUCUUGUUUUCCCCCUUAUACCUUGGCUGUUUGGGCUAUUCAUUUUCUCUGUCUUCAGCCUCUUGACUUCUUGCACUUCUCGGCCAUUCCCACCAAGCACCCUGAUAACCUGCUCUCCUGUACCGCCAUAUUACCUUGUCAUUCUCCAUCCAUGAGCCCCCACUCCUUCCCAGGCUCCAUUCUGGGGCUGCCUGUGGAUUAAUGGUUUAAAUGCCCUUGAGUCUUCACUGUUUGUCCUAUGAUAUUUUAAUCCUCUUGUUUUUUAGUCAGACCAUAUGCCCGCAAACUGUAACCCCGACAGUGACCCUCAUUCACGGUAGACGAUUCUCCCCCACCUGAGUGCUUUCAGAUUAUCCACUUGGAAGUAAUUCUCUUAUUUUAUCUUAUUUUCCCUCAAAAAUUUUCAGUGACUCCUCAUUGUCUUCUGAGUCAACCAUGAACUCCUUCUUGACACGCAGCACCUUCAAGGCAUGGCCCUCUCUUAAUGUUCUUUACUUAUUUUCAGUGACACUGUGGUAGAGUUCACUGAUUCCUGAACACUCAUUGCCUUGUGCCUUCCACCUAAAAUAGUUUUCAUUUCUCUACCUGUUAACAUCCCACCUACCUUCCA